AUGUUUCGAAGUCGCGUCGAAGAGCAGCAUGACGCGCCAUGGGGUUAUCGCUGGCGAUCAUCCGAUACUUUUAUUAUCAGUACAAUGAGUCUGGCAAUGUUCACUGAUGAACUGCUUUUUGCGUUCAUGAUACCUCUACUACCUACUUUACUAGAAGAUCGAAUCGGAUUAGAGCCAUCUCUUACCCAGAGGUACACGUCCAUCUUUCUUAUGGAGGGAGCAUUUAUUUCUAUUGUCUCGAGUCCAUUCAUUGGGGCCAUCGCCGACGCAAGCUCUAACAAGAAGAGACUCUUAUUGAUACUCCUUAUACUGGCUUUGAUCAGUACGGCCUGUUUAUCACUCACAACCCACUUGGUAUGGCUGUUUGUUGGUCGGCUCUUCCAAUGUAUCACUAGCAAUGGAUUGUGGAUUAUAGGAAUGGCAACCAUGGCAGAUAAUCUUGGAACAAAACACAUGGGCAAGAUCGCCGGCCUGACUUCCACAAUCACAGCUGCAGGUACCACCGCCGGGCCGGUUCUCGCAGGUCUAUUGUUUGAAGCAGGAGGGUACUGGUGCGCGUGGGCAGGCGCGGCUGCGUUUCUCUUGGUGGAUAUCAUCAUGCGUCUCCUCAUGGUAGAAAAGCCUGCCAAACUUCGGCCAGUGUUGGAGAACCAGGAAAGAGAGCCUUUGCUACAAAAUGGCCUGCCCACAGUCGCCGGCGAACAGUCCAAUCGUUCAGUUUCUUCAGAAUUGAACGGAUGGCGUUUUCACAUUUGCCUGUUCCGCGAAACGCGUUUCUCCGCGGGAAUUUUUUGCGCUUACGUUUUUGCCGUACUGAUUGGCUCUUUUGAAAGUACUCUGGCAGUACAUGUGCGAAUCGCAUUUGGAUGGAGAGCACUUCAUGUUGGAUUUUUGUUCACUUUGAUCCAGGGUCCUGGCAUGUUGUUGGCGACUUCAGUCGGCUGGAUGAAGGACCGGAUAGGAUCGCGAACUCCAACAGCGGUGGGCUUUUUCGGCUUAGUGCCUUUCGUCAUACUAUUGGGUGUUCCUGGCGACAAUCUCUUCCCGUGGGCAAAAGAUGAAGCUUUGGGAAAGAGCCUCUACGUGGUUUGCAUGGCGGCUACCGGAUGUUUGUUGUCUCUUCUGAAUGGGGCGGGCUCUAUUGAGGCAGCUGAAGUGAUUGAAAAAAUCGAAACGCGCGAGCCUGGUAAAUUUGGACCCAACGGGGGCUAUUCUCGCGCCAUAGCCGUGACUAGUAUGACUUGGAUGACUGGGUUGAUGACAGGUCCUCUUUUAGCGGAGGUCGUGGUCGGAACCUUCGGAUACUUCGAGCUGCAAUGUUGUCUCGGGGUCAUAUCCUUGAUAGCGGGGUGUGUCGCUCUCUUCUUCUUGGGCUCCCGUAGCCCGUUGACUGCAGAGCAGCCAAGUGUGUGA